CUGAGGGCUGCAGAGGGGCUGAGCCUGAUUUGUGUCCAGUCUGGGCUCUAUGGAGCACCUCCCAAAGCAGAUGAGGCCACCGACCAACAGUGAUUCCUUUUCCAGCAGGUUCCUGGGCCAGGUCCUUCAGCUCAGAUUGGUCAAGUACCCGCUCAAGGUCCUUCAGAAAGCAUCUGUCUGGAUUGGAUUAGUGUUCCCUGUUGAGACCCUCAGGAGCAAACUCUGCCUUCCAGCCCAGUCCCCCACCAGGCCUGGGAAGCUCGUGCACCUUCUGCUCUCCGUGACUCCCACCAGGAUCCAGAACUUCCUGGGCUACCUCCUGACAGAGCGGGGCCAGAGCAACAUGUCCAAGGAGAUCCAGGAGGCUCUGAGCCACCCAGCCAGGGAGAGGGAUGAUGUGGCUCCAGAGCAGCAGUCCUGGCUUGUGUUUCUGGAGAAGGAUUUGCCAGAGGAUGACUCUGACGACUUCACAUACGAGCCCUCGGAGGUGGAGUCAGACAGUGCCGAGUAUCAAUCCCAAAACGACACCGACCUGGAGCUGGAGGAGCUGGGUGGGGUCACAGUGUGGGAGGCCUUGGCUGUCCAGGGCCCCGUGCCCCUGGAGCUGGGAGCAGAGGAUCCAGCUGUGGCCAGUGGUGAUGCCCAGACCCCAAGAGCCGGCGGGAGCAGCGGGGAUGGCAGCGAGCAGGACGCUGACACAUCCUGUGACACCAGCUCGUCUCAGGACGAGGAAAACUAGGAAGCCUGACUUGUGCACCUGAACCUUCUGGGGCUGCCCCGUGCCUGAUUCCCUGGGACAGCCGUGUCCCUGAGGAAGAUGCCCAGUUAAAUGCUGUGUUCAUGUUGUUUGUUUCAUUUUUCUGAAGUUUAUAAUAAAAUCACUCUGUUUUUCCACGUGCAA